GCAAGUGAGAAACAAGGCCUAACUUGAGUUCCAAGCAGAGAGAAGUUCCAAACUUGAAGCACAACCAUGGCUUACAAUGACUACGGCAAUCACAGAUCAGGUUACUCCACCGGCAGGGUAGGAGCUUACACCGACCAAUGGGGAAAUCCAAGGCAAAGCGGUGUUGUUGAGCCAGUGAGAGGCUACGGCUAUGCUGCUGAUAACUCAUGGCAGCGCAGGUCUUCCAGCCCCGUCAGAGGUGGCUAUGGUUAUGCUGACCAAGCCUCCAGGAUUGCACCAUCCAGUGGUGCAAAUUGGCCUCAACAGCCCCAUCAAGCUGGACACUACAGUGGCACUCCAGCAAGCUAUAGUGACUAUAAUGACUACAGCAACAAGCCAAGUUACAAGCAUAGUGGAAAGAGGGACAACUAUGAUGAUCACUACCGCAAAAAUGAAACUAGCAGCUAUGGACCAGCUGUCAACAUGAUAUCAAACCUGGCAUCAAGCCGGGCUAAGCCAAGCCGCACGGCACAUUCAUCUGGUACACUCCCCGUUCGUGGGGAUGGCAGGCUCACCAUUCCAACAGAUGACAUGGAGAGGGCCUUGCACUACUUGAGGGAAAGUGCAAAGACUUCACCAUGGCCACGAACAUAAUGAAAUCGACUUUCAAGAAUGUCAUGUAUCUUAACUUUCAUGCUGCUGGUUUGAUAUAAUCUAGUUACUCUUGUCUGUGUGUUUGCCUGCUUCUGUUUAGCUAGUACAUGGUAAGACAUUCUGGUGUACUCUUUGUAACUUGUGUUGAUGGCAUGUAUGCCUUGUGAUGAAACUAUAAUAAAGCAUUGUAGAAAUUAUGCAUGCAAUAAAUAUAAAGUUAUAAACUGCUUCAGUUC